AUGGCUCAGGCUGUCGGCAGCGCCGAUGCCACCACUGAGGCGCCACUCCUGCUCUCGUCGAUGGCGGGGACGCCGCUGCCGCUGCUAGCAGGUGCACCGCGCCGGAACAGGUUCGCCUUCGUCUGCGCCACGCUCGCCUCCGUCGCCACCAUGCUACAUGGCUAUAGCCUGACGCUGAUGAGCGGCGCGGAGCUGUUCAUGCGGGAGGACGUGGGGCUCACCGACGCCGAGGUCGAGGUGCUGGCCGGGGUCCAUGAACGUCUUCAUGCUCGCGUCCAUCCUCGCCGCCGGCUGGGUGGCCGACCAUUCGCCGCGCUCAUGGCGGCGCGCUUCGUCACCAGCGUCGGCUCCGGGUUCGCCCCCGUCGUCGCCCCCGUGUACAACGCCGAGAUAUCGCCGCCAUCCACGCGUGGCGUCCUCUCAUCCAUGCUUGACGUACGUAUGCGUUUUGGAUACAUGCAUGCUGGUUGA